CACAUUUGUAAUAACACUAAUAAUUCGUGUCAAUGUGUCAAGUAAUGCUUUGGUAAUUUUUGUCCUUUUGCAUGGUUUAGUAUAAUCGUCGCAAUUUUUCCACUUUUAAACAAAAUUAUUUAUUUAAUUUAGUUUCCACUUUAUAUGAUUAAUCAUGAGUAGUGACUGCUGCGGAGAAGUACAAACUGUUGACCUUCUACACGAUCAAAUUUCCAGCAACAUCAUUGAGGAUGACAGUAAUACAUCUGAAGAGCUGCCCAACGACAUAAGAUUACAAGAUAUCGAAGAACAGUUGGAAAAAGCGGAAUCGAGGUGCAAUAAUCUGAAAAAUCAGUUGGAUUACAUGAAACAAAUUUAUGGAUCUAAUCGAAUUGAACCGACAAAAAACCGAAAGAUUUCUCAUGCCAAAAAAUUAGCAGAUGACAAGGAAACUAUUAAUGAUACAACCACAAUUAUUGCGGACAUCCGACAAACAUCUGACCAUAUUGAAACAGACAAUACUGGAGCUGCCGUUAAAACGAUUAACAAUAUUCUAAAUGGAAUCACGAAUUCUGUGAACCGCCUAUCGGAGAUUCACUCCCAAUUAACAUCUCCACAAAUUAAAAUGUCCACUGCUGUAUCUACAAAAGAAGAGUUGGGAAGCAUCAAAUUUGUAGGUAUUGUGCCAGAACUAAAAAUAGAAAGUACCAAUAUCUUGACGCCGAAAACCAGAGGACAAAAACGGAAAGCCGCCAAGAGCAUCAAAACUCCUAUUCAACAUUCACUUAAACAGCCAGCACGAAUUGAGAAGAAAACGAGAUCAGUUAUAGCAAGAUCCAAUACAGGCUUGGAGAACAAGUCUUCGACAAUCAUCAGAAGUCGCUAUCUAAGUAAAUUAAAUUCGAAAAACAAUAACUUGGUGGAAAUUUACCACAACAAGGCGGUGAAAAACAGCGACUCUGAUGAGAGCAACUUGAAGAAAUCCAGACAACACGAUCGAGCUAAAUCGGAAAUGGUUGAAAACGAUAUACCGCCGCUAAACAUCCAGGCUGCAAAUGCAGGCAAAAGCCAGCAAUAUGAUCAAUCAGCCAAGAGCGAUUCAGCCUGUCCAAACGGAUUUAGAAACUCAUUUUCCUGCGAUCCGCCUCAUGUGCCCAGAACCACCAUUAGCUGUUGCUAUAGCAGAAACUACGAACUUCCAACAGUUGCUUCCAAGAUGAAACAAGUGGCGAAAAGUUAUCUGGGCACGCUCAAUUUGAAAUCGAUCCCAUUUUGUGCGGCUAUUUCAACCACUCAGAGUCACAAUAUCGGGAUCAACAUACAGCAAGUCAUGAAUAUUAUUAAAAAUAGACAACCGAUCCAUGGAAUAUCGCCCACGUUGGCUCAUAACAUCGGUUUAGCUGCCGAAAAAUUAAACAGUAAACCGUUCUCAGCUUUGGUUUCAUCUAUAAAUUCCAAGAUUUCGCAUGCUGUAUCCAAAUGUCCCUUAUCGAACACAUUUUUAAAUAUGCAACAGUUACAAGAGCAAGCGAAAAACAUAGUUGAAGAAACCAUCGAAGAAGGAGAGGAGGAAGAAGCAAGUGAAUCUCCCCAAACCCACACGAUGAUAAUAACUGGGCCUUCGGGUGACAUGGAAAUCGAAACGAAAAAUGUUCCAAAUUGGAAAGUUGACAAAAGUAAUGCGAGUGAGCAGUGCACUUGCAUUUCUCAGCCCGGAAUAGGAUUUCAACAAAUAGCCAAUAGAUAUCAAAGAAAUAUCCGUACUAUAACGGAAAACAGCUUAAACACCCAGAAUGUCGAAAACCAGCUGAAGAAACGACUACGACGGUACAAAAUAACCAAAACCAGCUUUAUACCAAAAGAAUCCAAGGUUCAAGAAAGCCAAGUUCAAACAGCCACAACCGUUAAUCAGGAAUGUCAAAAGGAAAGUACCCUAAGAGGAAGAGAGAAAAAUCUGAAAGAAGUUCUAGCAAAUUUGCAUCACGAUUUUGACUCCUUAAACAAGAGAUACGAAGAUCUGUCCCAAAUAAAUCAAAGCGACGGAGAUGACACGACAAUAAAAGAACUAGAACGACUAGAAGUGGAGCUGAACAAGAAAGAAGAGGAAAUAACAAUGGUGAUGACUCUCUACAAAGAAGUGCUUGCUUUGAAGCAACAAAUCCAGCAGCUACGAGACAAACGGAGCGAAUCCAGUUUGCCAUCUAAAGCGACGAAGGAAACGAAAAUCAAGUUCAAAGAGUACAAUAAUCCGGAAGCAGCGUUUCAUCUAACAAAACUGUUAAAACAGAUUCAGCAUUAUCAGUCAAGAUACAGAUCAAAUUUAAGUCAAGAAUAAAUAGCGAUUAUAUGUA